AUGCCGAAUCCUCCUUCAAAACUAGGAGGUAGUUCUUCCAUCUUUCCCCUCCUAAGCAAGAAACAUGAGAUCGUCAUGUUUUCUAGUACAGCAAUUGCUCUCUAUGGUUAUGAUCAAGGAAUGAUGUCCCUGAUAAACACCAACAGCAGCUAUCUAAAAACCAUGCAAAUUGGCGAAGAAUCUCCUGUAGUAGGUAUAAUCGUCUCAGUUUAUUACCUAGGAUGUGCAAUUGGAGCUGUUCUCGCCUCCUGGCUCGCCGAUAAAGAAGGAAGAAAACCAUCUAUAUUUGCUUGUUUGGCAACAACAUCGUUUGGGAACUUACUCAUGUUUAUUUCCGGCUUUUCAUUGCAUGGAUCUUCACCUUGGAAAGGUGCAUCAUUGGGAUGUAUGAUCGCUGGGAGAGUUAUUAUGGGAUUAGGGGUCGGAGGGAUAGAUUCGACAAUUCCGGUUUAUAGUAGUGAACUUUCAUCGGAUGGAGCGAGAGGUAGAGCAUUAGCUCAAGAAUUCCAGAUGAAUAUCUUUGGUUUGUUGAUGGCGUAUUCGAUCAACUUGGGAGUUACUAUCGGUUUGGGGAAAGAUAGUCAAUGGGCUUGGAGAACUCCGAUUAUUGUUAUGCAGAUUUUCCCAAUUCUGUUGAUGUCGUUCAUUUCUCAACUCCCGGAAACUCCAAGGUGGUUCAUGAGUGUAAACCGAGAAGAUGAUGCUAAGAAAGCUCUUGAGAAAGUUUACGGCAAAGAAGCAGCCAAGUCGAAAUUCGAAACUCUCAAAGAAUCUACUGCUCAAGAGGAUGGUUCGAAAGUACAAUAUAAAGAUAUGUUUACUCCAGGACAUGCCCAGUUUCAUCCAACCAUGAUAACGAUAAUGGGUCAAAUAAAUCAAGCUCUCACUGGCUACGGCGCCGUGUCCGUCUACGGCCCUCAAAUCUUUGCUCUCCUCGGUUUUACCACCCGCAAAUCCGAAUAUCUCACCCUCGGGAACUACAUAUUCUAUUUCCUCAUGAUGACACUUGCCUGGCUCUCCAUCGACGUCUAUGGUCGUCGCACUCUCAUGAUUUACGGCAGCAUCGGCCUCUCCCUCUCUUUCCUCCUACUAACUCUCUUCGGAGCUCUCGCCACCUUCCCAAGUAUCCCCUUCCUCGUGCCCGAAAUCCUCGGCUCCGGAACUCUCUUCGCCGCAACAGCCAUCUUCGGAAUCGGCUGGCUCGCAACCGUCUGGUUGAUCCCGACCGAAAUCUAUCCUUCCUCAGCUCGUGCCCAGGGAUCCGCCAUCUCGGUUAUUGUCUGGGGACUGGCGAAUUUUGCGGUAACAUUGUUGACGCCGAUUGGAUUUAAUAAUUUGAAAUAUUGGCUGUUUCUAGUGUUUGCCGGAACGAAUAUGUUUGCCGGGUGGUGGACGUGGAGGUAUUCGUUGGAGAGUGGAGGGAGGAGUUUCGAGGAGAAUAUGGAGUUUUUUGAGUGUGCGGAGAGGGACGAGAGUUGGGUUGUGGGGAAGGUGGAUGGAGGGAAGUUUAGGAGAAUGCCGGGGGUUGAGAAGGGGAAGGGGAAGGGGAGUGAGGAGGGAGGGGAGAGGGAACCUUUAUUGAGAAGAGAGUAG